GCGGCUGGAAGGACUCGGGCACCGGGCGCUGCGGACCGCGGUCUCUCCGCGCGGGACCCCCGACCCGCGGGCCAGCAGCUGUCAACUGGAUUCGUGCACAAGUGAUCGAUCACCCAGGUUCUGGAGCUCCGGGACUGACUGUGACAUGGUCCAUGACCUUGGGUUGCCCCUGACGGACAGUGAGAGAGGGACUGUGAGAGGGGCUCCAUGCCCAGCGCUGAGUAAAUUCAGAGAGAGGACUGGAGCCUCAGGAGGGACAAGCUGGCCGAGUUUGGUAGGAAGGUGUGUUCAGUGAUCCCACAGGGCACCACCGUGGGCAUGGAUGUUGACUUCUGUCCCUGGAGGAGUGCAAGUGGUCGUGUCGUCACCCCGUCACGGCCUUGCUGAGGCCAGCUUGGGGAGCAGGGCACUAGGAGAGGGGCGCGGCGUCCCAAGGCCCCAGCACCAUGCCUUUUGGCCUGAAGCUCCGCCGGACCCGGCGUUACAACGUCCUGAGCAAGAACUGCUUCGUCACCCGCAUCCGCCUGCUGGACAGCAACGUCAUCGAGUGCACACUCUCUGUGGAGAGCACGGGGCAGGAGUGCCUGGAGGCGGUCGCCCAGAGGCUGGAGCUGCGGGAGACACACUACUUUGGCCUUUGGUUUCUCAGCAAGAGCCAGCAGGCAAGAUGGGUGGAGCUGGAGAAACCGCUGAAGAAACAUCUGGACAAAUUCGCUAAUGAGCCUCUGCUUUUCUUUGGAGUCAUGUUCUAUGUUCCAAAUGUGUCCUGGCUUCAGCAAGAAGCCACCAGGUAUCAGUAUUACCUGCAAGUCAAGAAGGACGUGCUGGAGGGCCGGCUGAGGUGCUCGCUGGAGCAGGCGGUUCGGCUGGCUGGCCUGGCCGUGCAAGCUGACUUUGGAGACUAUAAUCAGUUUGAUUCUCAAGACUUCCUCAGAGAAUAUGUGCUGUUUCCUAUGGACUUGGCCCUGGAGGAGGCUGUUCUGGAGGAGCUGACCCAGAAGGUGGCCCAGGAGCACAAAGUCCACAGCGGGAUCCUGCCAGCUGAGGCCGAGCUCAUGUACAUCAACGAGGUGGAGCGUUUGGAUGGAUUUGGACAGGAGAUCUUCCCCGUGAAGGACAAUCACGGUAACAGUGUCCACCUGGGCAUCUUCUUCAUGGGGAUUUUCGUGAGGAACCGGGUUGGGAGACAGGCUGUGAUGUACAGGUGGGGCGACGUGGGCCACAUCAGCCACAGCAGGUCCACCAUCCUUGCCGAGCUUGCGGGCAAAGAGGAGACGGCCCUCUUCCAUACGGAUGAUAUCGAAAAUGCCAAGUAUAUUUCGCGGUUGUUUGCCACACGGCACAAGUUUUAUAAACAAAACAAGAUCUGCACUGAACAAUCAAAUUCUCCACCCCCCAUCAGACGCCAGCCCACCUGGAGCCGGUCCUCACUGCCCCGGCAGCAGCCCUACAUCCUGCCCCCCAUGCACGUGCAGUGCAGCGAGCACUACUCGGAAACACACACCUCGCAAGACAGCAUUUUCCAUGGCAACGAAGACGCCUUCUACUGCAACUCCCACAACAGCCUGGACCUCGGCUACCUGAAUGGCGCCAUGACCAAUGGCAGUGUGUGCAGCGUCCACAGCGUCACCUCCCUCAGCUGCUCCCAGAGCUUCGUGCAGGCAUCACCUGUGUCCUCCAACCUCAGCAUCCCCGGCAGUGACAUCAUGCGGGCUGACUACAUCCCCAGCCACCGGCACAGCGCCAUCAUCGUGCCGUCCUACCGGCCGACCCCUGACUAUGAGACCGUCAUGCGCCAGAUGAAGCGGGGUGUGUUGCCCCCCGACAGCCAGAGCCAGUCCCUGCGCAACCUCAACCUCAUCAACACGCAGGCCUACAACCAGCCGGAGGAGCUGGUAUACAGCCAGCCCGAGAUGCGGGAGCGGCACCCCUGUGCUGUCCCCUACGGGCCCCCUGGGGGCUAUGGCCACCGGCUGGUCGGCCCGCCCGAGCGUGGGGACCCUAGGCGCAGCACAGUGUCCAGCAGGCGAGGUGUCAGUGCCAUCUCGCACACGGUGAGCACCCCGGAGCUGGCCAACAUGCAACUACAGGGCACUCACCCCUGCAGUGCAGCCCACGUGUUCAAGAACUAUCUCUUCCGGCCACCCCCACCCUACCCCCGGCCCCGCCCCGCCACCAGCACCCCUGACCUGGCCAGCCACCGGCAUAAGUAUGUCAGUGGCAGCAGCCCCGACCUGGUGACCCGCAAGGUGCAGCUGUCGGUCAAGACCUUCCAGGAAGACAGUGCUCCGGUGGUGCAUCAGUCCCUGCAGGAGGUCAGCGAGCCCCUGCCGGCCAGCAAGCCCCACGGGGCGAUGGACAAGCGCCACAGCCUGGAGGUGAUGAGCUGCAUGGUGCGGGGCAUGGAGGCCAUGACCCUGAAGUCACUGCACCUGCCCAUGGCCCGCUGCAGCGCGCUCCGGGAGCAGGGCCCCCCUGAGGCAGCCCUGGGCAGCCAUGGAACGCCGCCCCCGCCUCGGCACCACCACCAGAAGACCUUCUCAGCAGCCACCAUGCUGAUCCACAGCAGUGACAGCGAGGAGGAGGAGGGCGCCCCCGCAGCCGUGGCCCCUGUCUCCACGCUCCGUGAGAAGAUGGGGUACAGCGCCCAGCUACAAGCAGCCCUGGCACGCAUCCCCAACAAGCCCCCCCCGGAGUAUCCAGGCCCCCGGAAGAGCGUGAGCAAUGGGGCGCUGCGGCAGGACCAGGGCAACCUGCCUCCUGCUGCGGCCAGGGCCCAGGUGCUGAGGCUGGGCCCAGCCAAGGUGGCCAGUGUCGCUCGGGCCGACCAGCUGGCUGUCAACGGGUCGGCGCUGGGCCCGUCCAUCUCAGAGCCCGACCUGACCAGCGUGAAGGAGCGGGUGAGGAAGGAGCCGGUGAGGGAGAGGCCAGUGUCUGAGAUGUUCUCGCUGGAGGACAGCAUCAUAGAGCGGGAGAUGAUGAUCAGGAAUCUGGAGAAGCAGAAGGUGGCGGGCCUGGAGGCACAGAAGCGGCCGCUGAUGUUGGCAGCGCUGAACGGGCUCUCUGUGGCGCGGGUCUCGGGCCGGGAAGACAGCCGAGGGGAUGCCGCCCGGGCUCCUAUGGACGAGCGGUUCAGAACCCUGAAGGAGAAGUUGGAGGACGGAAUGGUGUUCACAGAAUAUGAGCAAAUCCCAAAGAAAAAGGCAAACGGCCUCUUCAGCACGGCUGCACUGCCCGAGAACACCGAGCGCAGCCGCAGCCGCGAGGUGGUGCCAUACGAGGAGAACCGUGUGGAGCUGGCACCCACCAAGGAGAACAGCACAGGCUACAUCAAUGCCUCCCACAUCAGGGUGGUGGUUGGCGGGGCAGAGUGGCACUACAUCGCCACCCAGGGGCCCCUGCCGCACACGUGCCACGACUUCUGGCAGAUGGUGUGGGAGCAGGGAGCCAACGUGAUUGCCAUGGUGACGGCAGAGGAGGAGAGCGGACGCACCAAGAGCCACAGGUACUGGCCCAAACUGGGUUCCAAGCACAGCUCAGCCACCUACGGCAAGUUCAAGGUCACCACCAAGUUCCGCACGGAUUCUGGUUGCUAUGCAACCACAGGCCUGAAGGUCAAGCACCUGUUGUCUGGACAGGAGAGGACAGUAUGGCACUUGCAGUACACAGACUGGCCUGACCACGGCUGCCCUGAGGACAUCCAGGGGUUUCUAUCCUACUUGGAGGAGAUCCAGUCGGUCCGUCGCCAUACCAACAGCAUGCUGGAGGAGGCUGGGCACUGUGCCCCACCCGUCGUUGUGCACUGCAGCGCUGGUGUGGGCAGAACCGGCGUGGUCAUCCUGUCCGAGCUCAUGAUUUACUGCCUGGAGCACAACGAAAAGGUGGAGGUGCCCGUGAUGCUGAGGGCUCUCCGGGAGCAGAGGAUGUUCAUGAUCCAGACCAGCACCCAGUACAAGUUCGUCUACCAGGUCCUCGUCCAGUUCCUCCAAAACUCCAGACUCGUUUAACCUCCGACCCAGCUGCUGAAGAGCCACUGGCUGCAUCUGGCAGAUGGGAGGCACCCCAGACAAUGUCUGCCCCCCUGGGGCGCGGACGGCUGCGCAGGCAGGCAUGGGUCCCAGACACAGGAGCCCUGGCCUUUCACCACCAUCAUGUAUUAUUUUAUAUGAGAUAAUUUAUUUUUCCCCCUUUAGGGUACCUUUUGUGAACCACUGUCAUGCCGUCCUCACAAGAAUACACAGUUUUCAUUUGGACCCCAUUUUGACUGAUCUGCAUGUGUCAAUAGGGAAGGUGACCUGGGGGUGCUGUUCGGGGCAGAGGCACAAGGGAACCCAGGCAAAUUUGUAAUCUGGCCUGAAAUUGACCAGCCUAAUUGCUCUAUGUCCAAACCAAAGAUAGCAAGAAAGUGAAUUCUCCCUAGGUGCAGAGGAGCUGAUACCCUUCUCUAAGGAGAAAAGCAGGGUGCUCUUGUAUCAAGGGACUGUGGACAGGCGUCCCUUUCCCCUCCCCACCCCCACACUCAGCAGUCUCUCUCCUGCCAGGUUUGAGUUAAUGAUGCAGCAGCAGAAGCAACGGUUCCUCGGGGUCAGUCACGCCAUGGCCCGGGGGAUGGGAUACUUCCUUGUCCCUCACCAGCACCCCUUAUUCUGGUCCAAGAGACUGCGUUUCCCCACUGGGGCUGAACCCUUGAGCUGUGCUGCUCCUCCCUUUGCACAGAGGGCCCCAGGCUGGCAGGCAGGGAGGCCCUGGGGCAGCCAUCUGUGCACUGGACCUCUGGCCCCAUUCAGAGACCAUGGGCCCCUGGGCGGGGAGGGAGCUGGGCCGGACCUGUGUCUGGUUUCAGUCUGGCGUGGUGCUCAGCGGGGCCUGGGGGAGACCCUGGGGGCGCAGGUCUCUGCUUCACUCACAGUCUUUGGAAUGGCCAUGAAGGGGCCACUGGGGAAGCUCCUCCUGGGAUGGCUUGGCCCUGGGGCCAGGAGCCCAUCACUGUGGCCAUGUGUGUCCCAUUCCAGGCUGUGGCCUGUGGCAGAGCUGAGCACAGCAAGACCUGAGGCCAAACCAGCUGUGAUGAGGGAAGUGGAUGGCUCAGGCCCUUUGCCCCUGUGCCCCGCACAUUCACACCACUUGUGGGGUCCUCUGCCCUCGGCGUGGAGGCUGUGCUCCUCCUCGUGCUCUCGGCUCAGGUGGUGAGGUCUCAGGCUUUCUCACCCACGCCGGUGGCACGUGUUCCUCUUGCUGAAUUCUGGAGCUGUUCCCGCUCCUCCAGCGUGUUGUGAAUGGGGUUGGGUCCUGAGGCCCGAUCUCCGCAGGUGUCCAUCACCUCCGCGGGCGUUUUUCUUUUUUGUUCUUUUCCUGAGCUGAAAACACAGAGUGAGAACAGCAUCUGGUCACUAGGAAGUGUUUUUGUGGGUUCGGCGCUGCCGCCAGGCGUGGGGGCGGUGCCACGUCUGUGAGUCUGCAGCCACCACUGGGCAGUGUGCCUGUGCUUGGACUUGGAGCAGCUGGCAGUGGUGCCUCUUCUGUGUUGGGGUCUGAAGACUCACAUGGGAGUGUGACCCCAGCACAGCGACAGCCUGUCCGGAACUGGGGGGAUGUUCUGGAGACUACCACUAGCGCACCGCGUGCCCCCACGUCACAGCCUAUGGCCUGCUCUGCUGCAAGAGACUUGGACUGUGGAUCGUCCAGGGGCAGAGGUGUCAUCUGUCCUUGGAGGUUGUUUCUAGCCAUGGGCAUUCUGCUGUGAGGGUGUUCACGCAGUCGUGCUGGUCACCAGCUUGUUGGAUGCGCAUCAGUAUUUCUUUCCUGUGGCCUUGGCCCCGUACGGCUGAGGCUGAGUCUCCUGGGCAGCUGCGAGGACACUCAUUGGUGCGCAGGACACAGGCAAGGAGGCACCUCCCCAGGCGGCGCUGCCUGACCCAGCGGCAGGCAGGCCAGCGAGCUCUCUGCAACGUCCCUGCAGCCCUUUCCACCUCCGGGCCCUGCCAAGAGCCCUGAUAAAUUAGCAGCCACCAGGACUCUUCCAGUGGCAUCUGCAUAAUCAUUGUCCAGAGAUGCUUCUCUCCGGGAAUUCAGCCAAGGAAUGAACCUUGAAGAGAAGGGUAUUAAAUUAGUUAUCUGGUUAGAGCUUUUGGAAUGAAUUCUCAGGAUGUUUCAGGUCUGAAGCUGGAGCUGGCGUCCAUGGCUGCUGCUUGGAAGCCAAAAGAGAAAAUUACAAAUAUGGGGAAGCGCCACCCCACAUGCACUGUCACUCAGGGCCUGUGCUUUUGAAGUUUCCAGUUGAGAUGUUAUCUUUUUCUUGUCCACGCUCAUUUGGAAACCUGGACCGACCCUGGGAUCACCAGUGCACUGGGGCCCCUGGGUGGUUGGGCCGAGUUUGAUGGCGUCUUCCUUGGGCUGAGCGGAGCCCUGUGGGGCGGGGCUGCUCAGCUGCUCGCUGGCCUCCGGUUAGGAAACACCAGCUUUGGGUAGCCUUUCCCUUUAAUGGAAAAUAAAGGGGGGCUGUGCUGCUGUGGGAGGGCCACCUGAGGCUGGUCCCCUCCUCUGCUGGCCAGAGAGGGAAGGUGCAUUUCCACGUGAAAUGUCAAGAAUGAGCUUCUAGGGCUCUAAGCCUCAUGAAUGUAAUUUGACAGCCUUGGUGAAGUCAGCCCAGGUCUUGGGCUGGGGUGUCAUGUUACCCUGCGAGUUGCUUGGCCAUCUCUGGCUUCCUCCUCCAUCAGCCCGAUGCGGGGGUCUCUGGGCUCUGCAGAGAGGGGUCCCCAAUACAGACCCCACCUUUAUCCCGCCUACUCUCAACUUUCUGGUUCACUUCUAAGCUCUGCUUCACUGCCCUGUGGCUCACGACUUUCCCUCUCUUUCCCCGAUGAACAGCCGAGGCCCUUGUGAAGUCUCCAUGGCGGCCCUGUCUUGCUCACCAUUAACACAGUUCACUUGAAUCACACACUUUGCUCCCUCCUAUGUGGGGUGUCUCCCAGGUGCCACAUGCUUUUCUCCAAGUGCCAGGAAGCGUGAAGGUGUGGAGUGGGCAGUGGCUGGCAUGAUGACCCGGCUGCGCCCGGGACCGGCCAUCUUGGCAGAGCAAAAAGCCACUGGCUUCCUGCAGGUAGGACUGGCCAGCAGGUAUCUCACCCAGGCUCCGCUGCCCCCUCUCUGGACGCAGUGUUUGCUGAUCUGGGCCCAGCAGCCAUGGCACCUGGUAGACGGGCCCUGUGGUGCCCCACGCCCAUGAGGAGAGCGGGCAGGGUUUGGGGGAGAAACGCCAGCAGGUGGUCAGGACAUCCUCAUGGAUGGGGUUGGCCAGACGGCGUCUACACAGCUGUCACUCCUCCUGGUGUUGGAAAUAACUGUUGGGUGCUGGAGUAAGAGGCUUCCAGAAGCAUCAAGUAAUCAGGGUGGGUGUUGAGGGGGCUCUCCCUGGGAGCCCCCCAUCCCCAGGUUUUACCAAAGACUCUCCCCUCGUUGCCUGGGGCCCCAGCAGACGCUUGUCCUGCUCCUGCUGGGCAAUGGUGUUGGCGGCCCCGGCACUGCCCAGGAGCAGGGAGACUCAGAUCUCUGUGGCCACAGCUGGGCAGGAAGGCGGCCGGUGGCGCGAGGUGACUCCAUGCUGGCAGGCGCGGAUCUCGGACUGUCGGGGGUGGGCAUGGCAUUAAGCUUGGCUUCGGAGACCUCUGCGGGCAUGAGGGGGACCCCACGUGUGCCCAUCACUUUCUCGCGGGGUCUGUCAUGAAACCUGUGGCUGCCCAUCAACCCUCCGUCUCUCCCGCCGUGCUUGGCUUUUUUGCGUCAGGUAGAGCUCGGGCGAGCAUUUCAUCCAGCUGCCUGCCUGCCGUCUUGUCUCUGGCUUACCCUGCAUGUCCCCCUCGGGAGCCAAAGCAGUCCUGACCCGGUGUCCAUGUGCUGGCACCGCCUCUUUGCGCUGAGGGCGUUGCCUGGGAAAGCCAUGGGCAGGGCGUGUCUUCUGCUGGUCAGGGCCCAGCCAGCCCUCCCAUUUAAAAACCUGUGUGGCCGGGGCCGGGGCUGAUGCGGAGCCGAGUGAGAUUGAGAGUCUGCACGAAAGUCGUCGUCCUGGGGCGCGCAUGGGACUGUGGGGCUCCAUCCCUGAAGUGCUGCCGCUGCCAGAAAGGACCAGACAAGGGGGAGGCAUCUGGGCCAGGUCCGGCUGCAAGAAUGUCUCCCCCUCCCUCGCGGUCUCCCUCUCCCUCCCUAGGGCUGAGCAGCACCCUGGGAAGGAUGGUGAGGGGUUGAGUCCCCGUCCCCUGGAGGAGGCUGGGAGGAAGCACAGGGGGAGCAGGUGCCCAGUCUCCUGGCUGGCUGGGGUGCUGGGGAGGGAGGUGGAUGCAUGCAUCAGGGCCCUCCACUUGCUACCACCACCUGCCCUGCUUGGCACGGGGCACCGACCCCAGAGCCUGUCUGGAGAUGGGGAGUGGAGGGGGUUGUAAGUGGUGAGGUUUAUAGUUGGGGUACGGCCUGGGUUUGUCAGCACUGCAGCCCCUGGGGGCUCUGGCGGGACUGGGGUGCUGUCCCUCUUUGAGCUGGGACCCUCCCUGCUCAGGGCUCUGCCCACCUCCCUGCCUCCCCACCUCCUGGCUCGCUCUCCACAGUUCUGUGCGCUCUUCCCGGCCCCUGCAGUGAUGAAAUGUCCGGUCUAGGCCUGGAGCAUCCCUCUCCUGAGCACCUCCAGGCUGGCCGCAGAGUCUGGCUUCCACUGAGAAGCUCAUAUAUUUCCAGGAGUGAGAUGUGGACAAGGGCAAUAACCAGAACGGGGUGGUAGGGGGCCAUCAGCAACCAGGAAGUGCCUGUGCUCCCCUCAGGCCCAGGAGAGACAAAAACCGAGGCUCCAGUCCCAGGGGCCGGGCCAAGGUCCCCAGGUGACUGCGGGGCUGUGGCUGCCCUCGGUCGCGCCCACAAGACUCAGCUGUGCGUCAGCUUCCUCCUCCUGGCCCACGUCUCGAGACGGCCAGCCCAGCUGCCUAGCAGCACAGUUAGCCUGCCCUGGCCCCAGGGUUGGGGAGGUGGCAUCUGUGACCCUUGGUUCUCCCUCCACCCGCGUCCCCUGUGACACCACCUCGCGGACCUGGGUUCGUAGGAGGACGCUACAGACUGACAGGUCCUGGACCUGGACACUGUCAUCCACGCCUUCCAUCCUCACUGAAUGCUUUGUCCCCUAUGCACUGUGGGGGCCUGAGAAACCUUUAGCUGCACCCCGUGGAAGCUAAGGUUCCGACAUCAUGGCCACUCUCCUGCAUCUGUCCUCCUGGUCGACAGUCACCUGCCUGAGGACACGCGCAUGGAAAGGGAUCCCUGAUGUAGUACGCUGGACUGUGUGGCCAGCCCUGUGGGCAGUGAGCCAUGCCUCCGUGAUGCGUCCCACUGGCUGUCCUCACCCAAGCUCGCCAAGGUCGGUCUGGUAAUUCGUGACUUGUGGAUUCACUUAAAACCGCCUUGCGGGGACACCACAGAGUGUGACCUUGGCUUGCAGUGCAUGACCUUGGCGCAGUUGCCACGCAGGGUGGGGGCGGCCAGGGCGGGACUCGGGACCCUCAGAUCACACUCUGCUCCCCCAGGCAGCCACGUGCUGCCCAAAGCCCAUUGUCUUGUCCAAAAACCGCAGCUGGGUGAGUGGGCCGGGUGCUGUGCAGAACAGGCCCGAGCUGGAAUGGUUUGAUGCUGGGGGCCUCUCUGUUCAGUGCAUUUAAGGCCUUCACUGAACACCGCACGUGCUGCUUGUGCUGUUGUUUAUCAGUAAAUAAGCUUGUGCUGCCAGUGUCGGGCACGAUUCUGCAUGUCUGAGCUGCCCUCUGACAGUAUUGUUUGCACUGUUUCUUGUCUGUGUGUGUAAGUCCUUGUAGCUGUGAGCUGUGCCCGUCGCGCCGUGUCUGCCUCCACCAGUGAGGCCUCGGCCUGUCCUGUAAAGAUGUCUGUGGUUUCCAUAUGCAAUAAACCUUUUUUUUUUUUUAAAUC